AACUAGCCUGUGCACGGCCAUUCGCCUCGCGCCUACUAAGUACCUCUACCAAUCUAUCGCGGUGCUUUAGUGCGAUGGCAGAGGUGCAGCUCGUGGUGGCCCGCGUGGGCUGCCUGCCAGAAAGUCCGUCCGCUUCCACAAAGGCUCUCUCUCCCACAGUUCGUAUCGUGAAUCCUCUUCCCUCAAGCGCGCGCUGUGGUCACGGAAGGAAUAGUCGUUAAAUGUCUUGUUGCUCCAUCCACCGCUCCUCGUACGACAUAUAAGCAUGGCUCACGACCCGGUUGACGCCACGACAGCUCCACCUGCUCGAAAACGGCGCAGACGAACGGCUGCCAGUGGUGCCACCGAUGACUGCUUUACGUGUCGCAAGAGGAACGUCAAGUGUGACCGAACCAGGCCUUACUGCGCUCAGUGUAUACAGAUCGGCAAGGAAUGCUCAGGGUAUAAGACCACGCUGACCUGGGGCGUUGGUGUUGCCAGCCGGGGCAAGCUUCGAGGCCUGUCGUGUCCCAUCGCGGGCACCAGUGGCGAAGCUGCAGACACCGUGAGACCGUCCGAAGCCAAUACCACAAGACGUCGAAAGAGUUCCGUGAGCAGGCCAAAUGCUCCUGGCCCGGUGGACAUCCCCAGGAACAAUGCCGCCUCUUUCCACAACAACCAUGUCGCCGGUGUCACCUCCAUGCCUUCCACAACGCAUGCAGGCUUCCAACCGACGCUACCAACAAUCAAUGCUGGGCAGCAGGGCUGGAACAUCAAUGGCUUCGGACUGAAUCGACCAAAUCCAUUGCGGCACCAUUCGCUGCAGCAUAUACACACUGCACUUGGACCACAGUACGAUAAUGGACCCAACUCUGCCAGCUCGGGCGACUCGUUCCCAGAUCAUGGCUUCAGCUCGCCUCCGGAUUAUCCGCUAUCAUCAGACCUCAAUGGCUACAGCGAGUCGUAUCCGCCUGGCACGUCUGCAUCGUACACGAGCCAGCCUCUCAGCAGUUCAAUCGACAGCCUCAGUUCACAUUUCAAUUCCUCCUCUGUCGGCUCCUUCGGUGACCACAUGAGCUCCAGCAUGGAGUCCAUCAACAGCGCAGGUUCGUUUGGUCAGAGCACACCUACGGAGACGCCACUUUACAGCACGAGUCCUUUCCAGCAGGACGAGAUCCUAUUCAGCCCCAUGUCGGAAUCUAUGUUUCAGCAAAAUCCUUUUGAGCAAAUCGAUUUCAAUAAUUUCACAGAGGAAGAAGAAGACACGAAUCAGACGCAGCUCGCCAUCUUUGAUGCGCGAUGGAGCAGUCCUUUCUUCACAUUGAGUCCUCGAAUGCAAUGUCUGAUGGAAUAUUACGACCGACAUAUCUGCCCAUACCUGAUAGCAUUCGACGGGCCUAACAAUCCGUACAGGAAACACAUUUUGCAGCUGGCAAUGCAAAAUGAGGGUCUGCAGAACGCGAUUGCCGCUUUGGCGACAAACAACAUCCGAAUGAGGAAGCAACCACCGCCGAGGCGGAGGGGCUUUGUAGAGGAAAUCACGGAUGCUUUUGAUGGGACCGCGAAACCGAAGGAGCUCAACGAGCCCACUGCAGAAGAGACGUGCUACAAGCAAAUGUCGAUUGACCAGCUGAAUAUGCAGCUCACUGACACGCGCGCCGCCCAGGACGACUCUGUAAUCGCCACUCUUCUAAUUCUGUGUCUCUUCCAUGUAUGCGAUUCCGGAUUCAGCAAGUUCAAGACUCAACUGGCUGGUGUGCAGAAGCUGCUGUCUUUGCGCGCACCGAGUGGCCAGUCCGAAUUCACGGGUUGGGUGGAAAUGUUCUUCAUUUGGUUCGAUGUCAUGACUUCGGCCGUCAAUGAUCGCGAGACGCAGAUCAAGAGCGAGUCGCUUGACAUGCUGGAUUACUCUUCUAACCUGGGAGCGCUGGAACACUUCUCAGGAUGCGAUGGACGAUUAUUCAAGUUGAUCGCCAGACUCGGUCGUCUCAGUCUUCUCGCCCAAGGUCGACCGGUUCGACCACAGAACAAUAUGCCACGACCGCCUCCCACUCACAAUGGGCAUAACGCGCCUCUGCGCAAGAGGCCAUCGACGAGUAGAAACCACUCUCCCUUCCACACGGACAGCCUCGAAAGCAAUGGCUGGGGCACACCAGUCAUAUCUUCAGACGACGAAAUGGCCGGCUCCCCAGAAGAGAACAUCUUCACCACACCCAACAAUUCCUACCCCGACAGUCGCGCAGAAUUCUGGUCCGAAUGGAACGACAUUCGCGCUCGACUCAACGCCUGGCAAAUGGACACCACACCAUCUCGACAAAACACUCCCCCACUCGACAGCCGAGAAAUGGAGCUGGGCCAGCGCGAUCUCCUCCACAUCAACGAAUCUUUCCGCUACUCGGCCCUUCUCUACACCGAACGCCUGGGCUCUCCUCUCCUCCCAUCUUCUCAUCCCAAUUUCCAGAAAUACGUCUCCAACGCCCUUUUCCAUAUCACAGCAUUAGAUAUCACAUCCUGCGUGAAUAAAUUCCUCCUUUGGCCACUUUUCAUCGUUGGAACGGAAUGUGUCGAUGAAGGACAUCGGAAUAUCAUUCGAGCGAGAUGUAUUGAAGUGCAGAUUGAAAGUGGAUUUUGGAAUAACAUCUCGGGAUUGGAUGUUUUGGAGAAGGUGUGGAAGGAGUUGGGGAAUAAUGGGCAAGGAGGAAUGGGAGGGGGGACGAUGGAGGCUGCGGAGAUUAAGGCGAGAAGGAGAGAUUCUGAGGCGGGGAGGACGGGGAGGUAUGGGCAGGCGUUGAGGUGGAGGAAGGCGAUGUCGAGGGUUGAUGGGGAGUAUAUUUUGAUAUGAGAUGAGAUGAGAUGAUGGGAUGAGAGGGGAUUUGUGACGACAGGACAGGACAGCACAGAUGCAAGCUUUACUGGUUUAAUGCUUGGCUGAAAUGGAUAUCGACAGUAUUUAUUAUUGAGAAGUUUUUAUGAAUAUGAUUGAAAUGUAUUUUUGUG